GUGCCUUCCGAAGAGAUGCCUGCUAGAGGAGAGCGGUCCGGUUGCGUGCGGCUGCCCUUCCCAAACCCGAUCAGUUCUCCCUCAAAAACCAAAAAAAAAAGUGGAAAAAGGAGGAAAAAAAAUUGUGAUCGACGGAUCUCCGAUCCAUCAAUCGGAAUCCUAUCUGUCGUCGUCGUUGUGUUUUGGAUCGGUAAGGGUUCGUGUAGGAUCUGGGGAAGUAACAAAAUUGUGAUUGUCGGGAUUGGAGUGUUGAGAUGGCGAUUCAGCACCAGGCGGUUGUAUCCAGCGCGGAGGCCGCAAUGGGUGGUGGCGCGGGCCAGUUCCCUUCGACGUCGCUGUACGUCGGGGACUUGGAGUCGGGUGUUUCGGAUGCGCAGCUGUAUGAUGUCUUUAGUCAAAUCGGACAGGUUGUGUCGGUCCGUGUGUGUCGCGACAUCAGCUCACGUCGCUCACUUGGUUACGCCUACGUGAACUUCAGCGAUCCUGCCGAUGCGGCAAAGGCAAUUGAAAUUCUUAAUUUUACACCUCUCAAUGGAAAGGCUAUUCGCCUUAUGUAUUCAAAUCGUGACCCUAAUAUGCGCAGAAGUGGUGCUGCCAACAUAUUUAUUAAGAAUCUGGACAAAACUAUAGACAACAAAGCUCUGUAUGAUACAUUUUCUGUCUUUGGUAGCAUUCUGUCCUGCAAGGUUGCCCUAGAUGCAUCUGGCCUUUCAAAAGGCUAUGGAUUUGUUCAUUUUGAACAAGAGGAGGCAGCACAAAAUGCUAUUGAAAAGUUAAAUGGCAUGCUCAUGAAUGAUAAGAAAGUAUUUGUUGGGCCAUUUGUUCGUAAACAGGAGAGGGAGGGUGCUGCAGCCACUGUUAAGUUCAAUAAUGUAUUUGUAAAAAAUCUUUCAGAAUCUGUAACAGAUGAAACACUACAAGAAGUUUUUGGUGAAUUUGGAAAGAUCACUAGUUGUAUUGUGAUGAGGGAGGGAGAUGGAAGAUCCAAGUGCUUUGGCUUUGUCAAUUUUGAGAACCCUGAUGAUGCAGCGAUGGCUGUUCAGGAACUUAAUGGGAAAAAAUUUGAUGAUAAGGAAUGGUAUGUUGGAAAAGCACAAAAGAAGUCUGAAAGAGAGCAGGAACUUAAAGAGAGAUUUGAGCAAAGUAAGCAGGAGGAUAGUGAAAAAUUCCAAGGGGUUAACUUAUACUUGAAGAACUUGGAUGAUAGCAUCGGGGAUGGUAGCUUAAGAGAACUUUUCUCUGGAUUUGGGACAAUUACUUCUUGCAAGGUUAUGCUUGAUAAAAAUGGUGUGAGCAAGGGAUCUGGAUUUGUUGCUUUCCAGUCUUCUGAAGAUGCAUUACGGGCUGUGUCGGAGAUGAAUGGCAAAAUGGUUGGUAGCAAACCACUUUAUGUUGCACUUGCACAACGCAAGGAAGAUAGGAGAGCCAGAUUGCAGGCUCAGUUUUCGCAAACUCGCCCUGUGGCAAUGCAGGCUUCAGUUGCUCCACGUGUUCCAUUAUAUCCUCCUGGUGCACCUGGAUUGGGGCAGCCACUUUUCUAUGGUCAACCACCUCCUGCACUUGUUCCUCAGCCUGGAUUCGGCUUCCAACAGCCACUUGUUCCUGGGAUGAGGCCUGGUGGUGCACCGUUUCCCAAUUUCUUUAUGCCAAUGGUCCAACCGGGUCAGCAAGUUCAACGUCCAGGUGGAAGACGUGGAGCAUCAGGUGCUGCCCAUCAGAAUCAGCAGCACCCCAUGCCCAUGAUUCAGCAACAGAUGCUGUCAAGGGGUGGACGGCCCUAUCGGUAUCCAGUUGGGCGUAAUGUGCAAGAUGCUUCUGGCAUGGCUGGAGGAUUGUUCCCAUAUGACAUGGGUGGUAUGCCUAUAAGGGAUGCUGCCGUAUCACACCCUAUUCCUAUAGGUGAACUGGCUUCAGCUCUUACAAAUGCUACACCAGAGCAUCAGAGAACGUUGCUGGGCGAAAGUUUGUACCCACUUGUGGAGCAGCUGGAGCCUGAGUAUGCUGCCAAAGUUACGGGCAUGCUCUUGGAGAUGGACCAAACUGAAGUUCUUCAUUUGCUGGAAUCACCUGAGGCUCUAAAUGCAAAGGUAGCAGAGGCCCUGGAAGUCUUGCGAAGCGUCGCACAGCAUCAGCAGCAGGCUGUCUCGCCGGUUGACCGCUUGGCUGCCUUGUCACUGAAUGAUGUCGUUUCCUGAGUUUGCCUUUUUGAUUCCGCUGGGGCUUCUGAAAUUGUAGUUGGUUGAGUUUUGACUGGACAUGUUCCUUGUGACGGGUGGUUAAGGUUUUCGUUAUUUGUUCGGUUUGCUUGGUAGGAAGAUCUUUGAAACUCUGCAGUUAUUUAAUAUGUUUUUAGAGUAAUCAUAAAUGAGUUGGGACUUGUCAAGUA